AUGUGUGAAUCUCCACAAUCUUGGCAAUCGACAUCUUUCUAUGAUUGUACUGGCCGUGGACGACCGAAAGGUUUUUGUGUAGAAAUUCCAUCACCACAUGCUUCUAGUCUUAAAUUAACACCAUGUGAAAUAUCACAAAGUACACAUUCAUCUGAAUUAUUUCUUGAACUUGAACCACCAUCUGUACCAUUAUCAAGUGAUGAUUAUGAAGAAGAUUUAGAAAAAUUCUCUAAAGAACAAAAUAAUACUUCUAAAGUAUUAGUUGUAAAUAAUAAAGAAAUUAAAAAAGUUAGUCAAAAGAAAGAAACUCAUAAUUUACCAAUAGUUUGUCCACCAGUUCAAUUACCACUGAAACGUGAUGAUAAACAACAAUUAUCAUUAGUUCUUUUACCAUGUUUACAAUUUCCUGAAUCAUAUUCUUCACCAACUGAAAUUAUUGUUGAUUAUUGGCGUCGAUAUCAUACAAUGCGUGUAUCAUUUUCUCAAAAAGAAAUUGGAUAUUUUUCAACUGCUGAUCGUGCUGAUCGAACACGAUGUCGAGAAGAUUAUCGAUAUUUAAAAAAAUUAAUUUAUCCACUUGAACAAAAAAGAGUUCAUUUUGAUCUUAAUAUUGGUGCUGAAUAUCUCGAUGAACCACCAGCUUCACUUGAUUCAAUGAUGUGGUGGAUUCUUCGACAUAAAAAUGAAUUAUUUAUUGAUAAAAAAUUUACUUUUGAUUUUUUAUCAUGGCGUGGAACAUUACGUAAAAUAAUGUCAUCAUUAUUUGAUUCAGUUCUUGAUUGGCGUAUAGGAAUUAUACGUUGGAAAGGUUGUCAUUUUAUGUCAGUUUUUCAUACAGAAACAGAAUUAAAAAUUGAAAAUGAACCAACUCCAAUUGAAAAACGUAUGCAAUAUUGGGGUCAUAAAUUUGAAGAUUAUAUUACAUCAAAUAAUCCACCAUUGAUUCCGUCACCAAAAAAAAUGUUUUCCACAAUGAAUAAAGCUACACUUGGUCGUCAUAUACUUUUAUAUAGUUGUGAAAUAGAUGCAUGCACAUUGAAUUCAACAUAUGGUGAAGAAAAAAAACAAGGCACUUAUGUUGAAGUUAAAAUUGCUUAUGCUAAACAUUUGCUGGAUUUAAAUACGGCUUCUUCUCGAAAAUAUGCGAAAUGGUGGCAACAAUGUUUUUUAGCUGGUAUUAAUCAUAUGUUACUUGGUUUUCGAAAUGAUUAUGGUGUUGUUGAAUGUUUACAACCGCUUGGUGUAAAAGAUAUAGAAAUACGAGCAAAAACAUGGAGUGCUAGUGCAUUUAUGUCAUUUCUUGAUGAAUUCUGUUCAUUUGUUCGACGAACAAUUACAAAAGAUUGGUCAUAUGAAGAUAGGGAUGUAUAUUUAUUCUAUUAUUCUCCAAAAUCAAAAAAAAUCAAAUGGCGUAUAACAAAUGAACAACAAUAUCAAUUUCUUCCUGAUUGGUUUAUAAAUGAAUUUUCUUGA